AUGAUGUACACUUUAAGCACCUUGGUGUUUCUAGCGGGGAUUCUGGGGCUCUAUGUCCUCUUGAACUCAAAGGCACCACGAGCCCCUCUCCCUCCGGGUCCCAAAGGUCUACCCAUUAUCGGCAGUGUUGGUAGCGAUCUUCCGCGUGGUGGGAGAGAUUGGGAGCACUGGCUGAAGCAUAAGGAAUUGUAUGGGCCCAUUAGUUCGAUCACGACAGCGGGGCAUACUCACAUUAUUCUUAACGACGCCAAUGUGGCAACGGAACUGCUGGAAAAGCGAUCGGCGCGAUACUCAUCUCGACCGAGAUUGGUGAUGGCCAAUGAGCUAUCUGGGUCAGACAUCUUUGUCACCACGCAAAAUGAACACGCUAUUGUCCGUGCUCUACGAAAACGUAUACUUUCACAGCUGCGCUCGGAAGAGGUGUUAUUAUCGUUUUACCCACAGGUUGAUACGUUGAUCCGACGCUUUCUGCUGCGGACGUUGCAGAAACCAGAGGAGCUGAUCGGUAAUAUCAAAACAGGAAUCGGGGGAGUCAUACUGAAGGUCGUCUAUGGUUAUACUGUCGAGUUUCAUGAUCGAGAUCCGCUCGUUGAUCUCGUUGGAGAGACAGCCGUUGCAUUCGGCAGGAUAAAUCAGCCAACAGGUUAUCUGGUAGACAGUAUUCCUGCCCCCUUGUCAGUGAAAUACCUGCCGAGUUGGUUCCCGGGGGCUGGGUUCAAGAAAGAAGCCCGGGAGUAUCGACGCGGAUUCGACACAUUGCUCAAUUGGCCGUUCACCUUUGCUCGGCGUCAGAUGGAGGAGGGCAACUAUGAACCUUCCUUCGUGUCCAGGCUGAUUGAGCAGAGAGGCUCGCUACUUAGCCUGGAGGAGGAGGUGAAAAUCAAACACGCGGCAGCUGCAGUCUACCAAGCGGGGUAUGAUACGACGGCAUCUACCAUCACAUCCUUCUUUCUGGCAAUGGCGCUGUUCCCUGCCGCACAGCACAAGGCCCAGGAGGAAAUCGACCGAGUCGUAGGAGCGAGGUUACCUACGCCUGAAGAUCGGGGUAAAUUACCCUACGUUAAUGCGCUUAUCAACGAGGUUCUACGCUGGAACCCGGUGGCUCAAAUAGGUAUCAUGCACGCAGCCACGGAAGAUGACAUCUACGAGGGCUACCUGAUCCCCAAAGGGGCCCCGAUAGUCCCCAACAUUUGGGCAAUUGCGCACGAUCCCGACGUCUACUCUGAUUCCAUGUCGUUCAAGCCCGAGCGCUUCUUGGCAUCGGAUGGACACACACCAGAACGUGAUCCGCACACGCUGGUGUUUGGAUUUGGCCGCCGGAUAUGUCCCGGUCGUCCACUAACGGACUUCAAUAACUUUCUCACGAUCGCACGAUCACUUGCGGUCUUCCAGGUUCAAAAGGCUACGAAAGAUGGCAAGGAGAUUGACCCUAUCGUAGACUAUCAGGGGGGGAUCAUCGGUCACCUAUCGCCCUUCGAGGUUAGCAUCCGGCCGCGAAGCGCGGAACACGAAGCCCUCAUCCGUUCCAUUGAGGUUGAAGAUUCCAUUUCACGAGGUGACUCGGCCGCACUUGAGUCAGUGAGGGUAUAG